AUGGAAAGACCCGUGAGUCCCUCGAAUCCUGAUCUAUUCGACGUGAGUGACUCGUUGGCUCCGCCGCGAGUCAACAGGCUCGCGAGUACCACCACUCUCACCUUCGACGGACUCUUGAAAGAUCCGCUCCAUCUCAAGGAAGAUCUGAAAGAUGGCUGCGGCGGUCAGUUAUGGCCUGCCGGAAUCUUUCUCGCCAAAUAUCUGUUGGGUCAUCACUCAUCGGACUUGUCCGGUAAAACUAUCGUGGAACUUGGUGCAGGAGGUGGACUCGUUGGCUUGGCAGUGGCUCGCGGAUGCAAGGCCGCAUCGCCAAUCUACAUCACCGACCAGCAACCCAUGUUUUCGCUGAUGGAGGAUAAUAUCCAACUCAACCAGCUCAACUCAACUGUGACUGCUUCAAUACUGAACUGGGGUGAGCCCAUUCCGCAUCAUCUGCCCUCACAACCCGAUGUGAUCCUCGCCGCCGACUGCGUCUACUUUGAGCCCGCAUUUCCUCUCCUCAUUGCGACGCUCCAGAGCCUUCUGGGCCCUGAUUCGGUAUGCUACUUCUGCUUCAAGCGGCGAAGAAGGGCGGAUCUCCGUUUCAUAAGAAUGGCCAAAAAGGCCUUCGAGUUCGAGGAGAUUCGGGAUGAUCCAAGCGCCACAACGUAUAACCGAGAUAACAUAUUUAUUUACACCAUUCGGUCCAAGCGCAUCAAGAACUAA